CAAACAGGGAACAGGAGCGCUCUAUAAGAAGAGAAGGAGCGGAGAGAAGAAUCAAAACACUCAGCCGGGAGAGGAGAGGAGAGGAGAGGAGGGGAGGGGGGAGUCGGACUGGAGAAAUGGAAAGCGUUUAGGAUGAAGGCUUAGAUAAAUAGUUUGCCCUGAGAAGAAACAUUUUAUUUGUCACUUGUUUAAAACCCAAAACCUGCAGGCAGUGAGUGAGGACUCUGCGCUCCCGGUGCGCCUCGGAAAUCUUGGAUGAGCGCUUCUUCAGCACCUUGAGGAGAGGACAGCUCCGCUCUGUCUGCCCCACACAAAACUCUGCUUCUUUUCACGUUCCAGUCUGACACUCUGCUCCUGUCUGCUUCAAGUCUGGGAGAAGUGAGAAGACCCCCCGCCGGAGGGACCCGCCUCUGACUGUGUGCUCAAUAUGUACCAGGGGCAUUUACAGCUGGUGAGCGAGCAACAAGAGAGCCGGCCGCUGUUAAGCCCUUCCAUCGACGAUUUCCUCUGCGAGACCAAAUGUGAUGGGAAUUCCCGCCCAGUGACUUCCAACACAGCUGUUCUGUCUUCAACACUGGACCUUCUAGAUCUGAGUGAACCCGGUGAGAGGAGGAACAGCAAGGACAGGAAGAGCAUCCUGACAUCCCGGAGCGAUGGCCAGCAGAACAUCUCAAACAAAAAAAAGACAGAUGAGACGGAGCUGAUCCAGGUGGAAGUGGAACAGACGGGACCAAACAUGCGAAACCAAGAGAGGGUGUCUCUUGACUCAGUAACCAUUGGUUCACUGGAUAAAUGGGAAGACCUAAGUCCCAACCCUGAGAAAAAUGGCAACAGGAAAUGGAAGUUGGAGAGACGACGCUCAUCUAAAAAUUCAUCCAAUGAAUUUUUGUGGUGGACCGUGAAACAGCCUGAUGUUUCCUUCAGGUCAGUAGACUCUAAGACCCAAUCAGAUGCUUCAAAUAAGAACAUGAUGGAGUUAAAUACCAAAGUUGAACCAGAAUCUGCCCUUGCAUCACAACUCAACAAGCAGUAUAUUAGUGGACGACAUGCUCGCCUAACGAAGGAGCAGCGCUGGGGGAGCGCCCUCCUGUCCAGGCAUCAGUCCCUGGAGGAAGAGUUUGAGCGAGCCAAGGCCGCCGUUGAGUCGGAUACGGAGUUCUGGGACAAGAUGCAGGCGGAGUGGGAAGAGCUGGCUCGACGAAACUGGCUGACUGAAAACGAGCAGGCGCAGAUUCCGUCGUCUGUAUCGCCACAUGAAAAGGGUUACUACUUCCACACAGAUAAUCCUUAUAAGGACUUGCCAAAUGCAUUUGAGGAAGGACUAAAGAAAUCUCGAGAGGGAGAUUUGCCAGACUCUGUCCUUUUGCUGGAAGCAGCCGUCCUGCAGGACCCUCAUGAUUCAGAGGCUUGGCAAGURUUGGGGACCACGCAGGCUGAAAAUGAAAAUGAGCAGGCAGCGAUUGUUUGCCUCCAAAGGUGUUUGGAGCUGCACCCAAAUAACCUCCCGGCCCUCAUGGCUCUCGCCGUGAGCCUGACCAACACAGGGAUGCGUCACGAUGCCUGCGAGGCCCUGCUCCGAUGGCUCAGAYACAAUCCAAAGUACAAGCACCUGCUGAAGGGCAAGACCCACUUGAUAGGGUCCCCGAACUCUCAGCGCAGGAUGUCUUGCGCUCCCAACAUGAGCCGACAUGAAAGCUCACUGCUGCCAGAGGUCAAGGAGCUCUUUCUGGAAGCAGUUCAGCACAACUCAGACAGCAUUGACCCGGAUUUACAGACGGGCCUUGGGGUGCUCUACAACCUCAGCGGAGAGUUCAACAAAGCUGUAGAGGCCUUCAACACAGCCCUGUCAAUUCGGCCCGAGGACUACUUAUUGUGGAAUCGACUGGGAGCCACGCUGGCAAACGGGGACCGCAGCGAAGAGGCGGUGGAGGCUUAUACAAGAGCUCUCGAGCUGCAUCCAGGCUUYAUCAGGUCACGCUACAACCUGGGCAUCAGCUGUAUUAACCUAGGGGCACACAGAGAGGCAGCCAGUAACUUCUUGACUGCUUUGAGUCUUCAGAGAAAAAGCCGGAGUCGCCAGCAGUCUCACCAGGUGAUGUCCGGGAACAUCUGGGCAGCUUUGAGGAUAGCAUUAUCUAUGAUGGACCAGCCUGAACUUUUCCAGGCUGCAAACAUAGGUGACUUGGAUCUUCUCAUGCGAGCCUUCAACUUAGACAUUUAAAGAAGACAAAAAAAAAGACAAGGAAGAGAUGACAACGUCUCCCUGAUUACUAAUUYUCUGAUUUCUACCUGUAAGCCAAAAACCCAAAGUGCACAUGCCUGAGUUAACAUGUGUUAAACUCGUAGAUUUAAGCUACAGUGGUCAAACCCUGUCAUAUAGUUUCGCCCUACUUCUUUGGAGCAGAUCAGUGGGGAGGGGGCCAGUUCUUCCAAGGGUUUUGGACAAACAUCUUCACGAUGGAAUUUGCACUGCAAUUUGUGAUUUCCCUAAAGAGCACAAGGACAGGCAAAGAUUGUUUGAGGAAUGCCUUAGAGAGCGCGUCAAUUAAAAUCUGACUCAUCCAGUGGAAAUGAGGAGGGCAGCCAGUUUUAAGACACCCACAGAGACGCCCCACCCCCACAAGCCAUUUGCAGCAAACUCGACGAGGUUACUGGAGAGAAAAACUGCCGACUCAGGAUUGUUUCUCCCUUCUACAAGAUGGAUUCAGGCUGCAUCUCAUAACCUGGGGCUCCGGACUGUCUUCCUGGCUUGUGCUCCUCUUCUGUCAAUGGAGAGUUACAGUAUAUUAAACUGCAUAAAUAAGCAUUUUUCAAAAGCGGAUACUUGUUUAAAAACUAACAUACUUGUAGAUUUUCCCUUUGCACUUCAGACAGUAAGAUGACUUCUAAGAAAUCCAAGUGGAAUGUGCAACCCUUACUCAAGCCUUACUCAGAAGCAUGCAUCCAAUUCUAUUUAUUUACACUAUUUAUAAAGGCAACAACAACAAAAACAAAUAUUGUAAAGCAAUUUUUCAGACUGGUUUUGAUUUCUUUACAUAUAUGCUGUUUUAUUAACUUGGAAAGAUGCUGAGCCAUUAAUUAUAUCACUGGGUUUUGGCACCAACGCUCUUGUUGUUCCCUUUAAGCUGAAUGGCAGAGAAAAAAACAGUUUAGGUGGGAAAAAUGAUUAGUUAUAUUUCAUUUUAAUCUGCGUUACAGGCAUCUUCUCUAACAACUGAUGUAAGCACCAUAGUUUGUUUUUUUAUUUCUCCAGAGCGCAGUUGCUUUAUUACAGCGUAGCAUUUCACACACAAAGGAUUUGUUUAUUUCGAGACAGCAGCUUGGUGAGCUUCUUAAUGCAGUUAUUUGCAUUUACGUUGCCCAGGCUUAUGUGAUUAAUUAAAUGGGUUCCCGUCAGCCAUCAUGCAUGAUUCAAAUAUUUAUAUGAUGCUGCUCAGAACGUUGCAUUUAUUUGUUUUGCUACAUUAAUAUGCAUCUAUAUAUAUAAAAAAAUAUGUAAUAAAAUUUCAUGUUCCAGAUAAAUGUUCUACAACACCCCAGAAGCUUUCUCAUAAACACGAGUUUUCAGCUGGCAGCUUCAUUUGARUCAUAGUUUCCAGUUUGAAAGUCAUUGUGUAAACUGAACAUCAAGCCUCCCUCCUCACUGUGCGACAGAGGAAAUGAUAGAUAAUCUGCUGUUCUGUGCGGCUCAGCACACUCUGGUUUUUAUCAGGUGUGUUCACAGUCCAGGUGUGCUGCUGGAAAGUGCGUCUCUUUUUUUAUUGUUGGCUCCUAUGCAAAAGGUCACGUUUCAUGUUGCUAUUCUGAAUUGUCGGUUUGUCCCCCGUCGGCCUCAGUGAACCAAAGGGAAGUGUUGUUUCUGUGCUUUGAAUGAAUGCUAUCAGGGGGAACCAGAGACCAACACCAGAACCAUUCAUCUUCCAAAUGGUGCAGCUGGGAUGUCACCCUCUGUGUCAGAAGAAAUGUUUCAUCAGGGGAGGAGGGAAAAAACGCCAUCGGGCUAAAGUGCUGUCUUUACAUUUUAUGAAUCUCUGCAAUUGAAAAAAAAGUAUCUUUGGCUGCAGUUGGAUCUUUAAAAGUUACAGCUGUAUGCAUUGCUCAAAUAUUCACAUGUGCACCGACUUCACCAUUUGAGAAGAAGAAAAUCCCCAGCUGUGAUAGUUGUCAAAAAAAAGACACUAAGUGACACUAAAACCAGCAAGAUUAUAUUUCAGAUUAAAAAUAUUCAUUAUUAACUAUAAAAAUAUUCUGGAUCAAAUCAAUGAAAACUGGAAGAAGUGUACGUUGAAUAUGUAAACAAAGCAUAUAUGUUUUCAUGAAUAUUUUAGGAACAUUGUAUGAAAAGAAUUGUGUGAAAAUAAAUAAAAAAGAAAUGUUGAUUAAAGGUUUGAGAAAUUGCUUGUAAAAAGAUUACUUGUAUUCGUGCUUCCUGAAAUUAAGAGCAAAAGAAUCAUAAGAGAAAUACAGGAAAUAUUAAAAAAAACAACAUGGUAUGGAUUAUAAUAAGGAUGGUUUAUUAGAGAAAAAUAAUGGUGAUAUGAAAGAAACAUGGCGAGUAAUGACUAGUGUUUUGAAGAGUCACAAAGUACGAUUUUACAAUAUUUUGUAAAAGAUGG